GCAAAUCCUCGCCCCCUUCACAGAUUUUCACUACAGGCACAACGCAGACACAGCUGAAGGACAACUCAAGGAGGACAAAGAGGCCCGGUUCUUGUCCAGCAGAAUGGCCAUAGUGGCAGCUUUUCGCUCCUGGUCUGGCAUCAUCAACCUAUGCAAGGCUGGAAAUUCUGGCAUCCAAUCGUUAAUUGGUUUACUUUGCAUACCAAAUAUGGAAGUGAGGAAAGGCCUGUUGGAGGUGCUGUAUGAGAUUUUCAGGCUGCCCGUGCCCAUCGUAACACAAGACUUCAUCGAAGCUCUUCUAAGUGUGGACCCUUCCAGGUUCCAGGACUCGUGGAGACUCUCUGACGGAUUCGUUGCUGCUGAGGCCAAAGUCAUUUUACCUCACCGGGCACGCUCCAGACCUGAUCUGAUGGACAACUACCUGGGGUUUGUGCUGUCGUCCUUCAUCAACAGCGGUCUGUUGGAGGGACUCGUUGAAGUGGUGACCAGUAGUGACGACCAACUCGCUGUGAGAGCCACCAUCCUGCUGGGGGAGCUUCUCCAUAUGGCCAACACCAUCCUCCCCCACUCCCACAGUCACCACCUGCACUGCCUUCCCACCCUCAUGAACUUGGCCGCGUCUUUUGACAUCCCCCAGGAGAAACGACUCCGUGCUAGCGCAGCUGUCAACAAUCUGAAGCGCUUCCACGAGAAGAAGAAGAAAGGUCUGAAACCACACAGUCUCUAUCUAGACCACUGGCCAAACGUAAACCUCAGAAACAACAAAGACGAACAAAUGCACAGGUUUGUGCGGAGGCUGCUGUACUUUUAUAAGCCCAGCAGUAAACUGUAUGCAGGGUUAGCAUUGGAUCACGCCAAGGCCAGACAGCUGACUGUAGUCGGGUGUCAGUUUAUGGAGUUCCUCAUGGACUCGGAUGAGGACGGUCAAGGUUACCUAGAAGACCUGGUUAGGGACAUGGUGUCCUGGCUGUCCCUGUCCUCAGGACUGAAGCCGGAGCGCUCUCUGCAGAGUAACGGCCUGGUGGUCACCCUCAGCCAACACUACUUCCUCUUCCUGGGGACGCUCUCUGCUCACCCGCAGGGGGUCAAACUGCUGGAGAAAUGUGGCCUGUUUCAGUGCCUGCUGAGUCUCUGCUUUGUGAAGAACCAGGACGCCGUGCUCAAACUCGCCGUGACCACGCUGGACUACAGCAGAGACGGACUGGCCAGAGUCAUCCUGUCCAAGAUCCUGACCGCUGCUACUGAUACGUGCAGACUGUACGCCACCAAACAUCUGCGCGUGCUGCUGCGUGCCGGUGUGGACUUCUUCAGCAGCUGGGGCAUGGAGCUGCUGGUCACACAGCUGCACGACCACAGCAAGGCCGUGUCCAUGGAGGCGCUGGACAUACUGGACGAGGCCUGUGAGGACAAGGCAAACCUUCACGCUCUCAUCCAGUUAAAACCAGCUCUGUCCCAUCUGGGAGACAAAGGCCUGCUGCUGCUUCUCAGGUUCUUGUCCAUCCCUAAAGGUUUCUCCUACCUCAACGAGAGAGGUUACGUCAGCAAGCAGCUGGACAAAUGGCAAAAGGAAUACAACCUGAAGUACGUGGACCUGAUAGAGGAGCAGCUCAACGAAGCUCUGACCACCUACAGAAAACCUGUGGAUGGAGACAACUACGUCAGACGCAGCAACCAAAGGUUACAAAGGCCAAAUGUCUACCUUCCUGUUCACUUGUAUGGUCAGCUGGUCCAUGACAAGACAGGCUGCCAUCUGCUGGAAGCCCAGAGCGUGGUGCCCGACCUCAGCUACACGGUUCGUUCCCCGAUGCUGGACACCUGGGAGGGCAUCAAGCAGCUGAAGGCGUCUCUCUGGGCGCUGGCCAACAUCGGCUCCUCGAACUGGGGUCUGAACCUCCUGCAGGAGGAGAACGUCAUCCCCGACAUCAUCACCUUAGCACAGCACUGUGAGGUUCUGUCAGUACGAGGGACGUCGGUGUACGUGCUGGGCGUCAUAUCGAAGACCCGGCAGGGCUGCGAGGUGCUCAAACAGUAUGGGUGGGAUGCCGUCCGACAUAGUCGCAGGACGCUGUGGCCCGUCACUCCGGACGAGGUCGACGCCCAGCUGACCUCUGAACUCUCCUCCGUGCCGAGCACGCUCAGCCUGAACUCCGAGUCCACCGGCUCACGUCACAACAGCGAGAGCGAAUCGCAGCCCAACAUGUACAUCAUGGACGACGACAAGUGUGACGUUCUGGACCAAUCCGACGAGUCCUCCUUUUAUCUGCACCCUAAACCUGUCAAAGACCGCAGCCCCUUCACCAUCCUGGCCUCCACGCGCUUCGUGCGCACCCGUUUCCUGAACUCGCUGUCUCUGCCCAGCAAAAAACUGCGAUCUACCAGUGACCCCAAAACCCUGUUUGGAUCCCGCACCCCUACGGAUUUCAAGACCGGGAGCAUGAGGCGGAACAGGACGGUGACCGAACCCUCAAUUUACAGCGCAACCCAGGGGGACGUCUUUACCCCCAUCUUCAACGGCAGAGGCAUGCCCAAGAGUCCCACGGUCAGCGUGGAGACGUCUUUUGUCGGGAACCGGGGGAAUUCUGAGGAGCACCUUGUGGAUGGGCGACUGGUGAGGGGAGGGGGGUCCGGCUUUGCUCUGAGCGUCCUGGCAGGGCAGGGGCCUGUGGAGCACCCCGGUCGGGAGAAGGAGCGGGGCGGCCGGCCCCCUGUUCCCGGCCACCCAUGUCUCUGUGCAGGGGACCGUCCUUCUGUUCCGGUCCUGAAGCAGCAGUUCAGCAUCACGGAGCUGAUCGCGUGCCGAGGCGAGGGUCAGAACCACAUGGUGGGCUCAGAGGAGACCGGACUGCAGGAACAUUGUGAAGAAAACUGCCUGUACUGUGUGGGGGCCUCUGUUCUGGGGUACCCCACUCAACCACAGCUGAACAGCACACACCCCCGGACGGACUACGUGGACUUUCCGUCCUGGGGGGGCCAGAGCGGCCAUCGUCUGGAGGUCAUGCCUCAGUCCAAGUUCUCGGGGGUGUCGGGCUGCAGCGACUCCGCGGUGUCGCAGGGUUCGAUCUGCAGCACACCCACACCGGCGGACAUAGUCAUCAACGGAAAGGCGAUAUCAGAGGACGGCCCCGCCUCCCGAGUGCUGCUGAGGAAGGAGGUCCUCCGACUUAUCAUCAACCUCAGCUCCUCCGUGGGAACCAAAGGUCACGAAACAGGACUGCUGACGAUAAAGGAGAAGUUUUCCUACGCCUUUGACGACAUCUGCCUGUACUCCGAGGUAUCGCACCUCUUGGCCCACUGCAUGUUUCGCUUGACGUCCAGGCGAUUCAUACAGGAGCUCUUCCAGGACGUGCAAUUCAUGCCAAUGUACGAGGAAGCAGAGGCGAUCCUGACGAAGCCACCAAAACAUGUCCAGGAGGACGCUGACCCAGUGACCGAGUCCUGAUCCCUCCCUUACCCCCCCCGGUUUAGUGAUCUUUGCACAGCCCUUCUCCUGCCUCCCCUACGACCACAGAACAACCGCUAAGACUAAGCGCUUCCGUUUGGUCCAAACGGAGACCCGUGAAGAUCCGGUCGCCGCUCGACUUCCCCCCCUACAGGCAGGACAAAGGAACUCCAGCGUCUGUAACCCAAACAUGUCUAAUGCUGUCUGAGACUUUUUUUUAAUUUUCUAACCAGGAAGAGUACUUAACCAAAUACUGUGGUCGGACGGAUUUCUUCUUCUUCAGUAACGAUCGGAUCCCGGAAACAAAGACGGGGGUU